AUGGCAUUCUUUUCAGGCAUAGUCAAGAGCAGUUUGCACCUUCUGGGCAAAGACAAUUCGGGAUUCGGUUAUAGCAUAGGCGACAAAGUCGGAUUUUACUCUGAUCAGUCUAUUUGGAGCCUUCACCACGGCACCAAAAAGGAAGAUGGCUCUGAAGUGUCGAUAUUUGUAUUCGACUGCCAAAAGAAUAGGGACAAAGCACAGCUGGCAAGAAAUGCAUUCAAGCGUAUUCGCACAAUGAGACACCCUGAUGUGUUGCGUUACCUGGACGGCAUUGAAACAGAGCAGAGUAUCAUGUUUGUCACUGAUCCCGUUGAACCUCUCUCCAAUCAACUGAACCAAGAUCCAGAUAAAAAUCUGGUGUUGUGGGGUCUUUACAAAGUGGCAAAUGCCAUCAAAUUCUUGAACAGUGAUUGUGAUUUGGUGCAUGGAAAUGUUAGAGUCGCUUCAAUUUUCACCAACAAAGCAGGUGAGUGGAAGCUGGGAGGAUUUGAAUUACUGUGCUCUAUGAAAGAGGAAAGCCCUAUCAUUUUGACGUUUGGAGGCAUUGUCCCUGACGCACAACGAUAUGCAACUCCCGAAGUCAAAAAGUCAGGAUGGACAGCAAUCAAAGAUCUGCCCAAUGGUGCAGUGGAUUCCUAUCACUUGGGUUGUCUAAUCUACGAAGCUUACAAUCAUCGAUUCGAAACAACCGAUUCACUCUCAACACAAAAAGGCAGUAUUCCCGGCAACAUGCAACGCAUCUACACCAUGCUUCUCAACCCAUCCUUCAGAGCGAGAGCCAGCGCAGACAUGUUUUUAGACGAAGGAUUGAAGCCGAGAGGCUUCUUCUCCAGCGAUUUUGUCAAGGUGAAUCUCUUUUUGGAGAAUAUCAGUAUCAAGGAGCAAGGAGAGAAGGAAGGAUUCUUUAGACAGUUGGAUUCGACCAUUGAUACAUUCCCCAGCGAAUUCUCCAAGUACAAGAUUCUGCCUGAAUUGAUCAAAGCAUUCGAGUUUGGGUCAGGAGGAGCCAAGGCAUUGAGUGCUAUUGUCAAAGUAGGGGAGCAUUUAUCAGACGAGGAAUAUGAGAGUGUAGUGAUACAGCCUAUCAUCCGCAUGUUUGCCUCGCCUGAUCGUGCUAUACGUGUCAGUCUGUUAGAGAACAUGCCUAAGUUCAUCGACCAUAUGACAAACAAAAUGAUAACGAACCAAGUGUUCCCUCAUAUCGCAACUGGAUUCACAGACACAAUUCCCAUCAUUCGAGAGCAAACUAUUAAGUCUAUUCUCCUCAUUGUGCCCAAGCUGAGCGAGAGAAUCAUAAAUUACGAGCUGUUGAAAUACCUCGCCAAACUUCAAAUGGAUCCAGAGCCAGGAAUCAGAACAAACACAGUGAUUUGCUUGGGAAAAAUAGCCAAAUAUCUUAGCGAUAGUACAAGAAAGAAGGUGCUGGUGAGUGGUUUUACAAGAAGUCUCAGAGACGGAUUUCAUCAUGCAAGAAUAGCAGCACUAAUGGCGCUGAACGCUACAAUCGAGUACUACGAUACCCAGGAGUGCGCAACAAAGAUUCUACCAGCUGUAUCCGUCAUGUUGAUUGACAAGGAAAAACCUGUGCGUGACCAAGCUUUCAAGGUGAUGAAUUCAUUCGUGACCAAAGUGCAAGAAUUCGCAGAGAGGAUGCCUGACACUGCCAUUGUCGAACGAGUAAACACACCAACCAGCGAAGAAAAUGCAAUUGCUGCCGCCAAUCAAGGCGCAGGCAUGGCAGGCGUACUUGGUGGUGCCACAAAAGGUCUCGCAGGUUGGGCUGUAUCAUCGCUUCAGUCAAGAUUUUCAUCACCAAGUGGAGAGAUUGGCAACCCCAUCAGCCCACAAGGAUCAGCAGCUGUGAUUGAGAACGAUACCAGCAACACAGUCAAAAAGACACCAGGAAUGCAAUUGGGUGUCAACAACAGCUACAGCAGCAGCAGCCAUCACCACACAUUGAUUGAGGCAGACGAUGCAGAGGAUACACAUGGUUGGGAUCAAGAGGAAUGCGAUCCGUUUGACUUUAAUCAACCUGUAGACAAUGAUGGCGAGAAUAAUGAGGAGGAGGAUAACGCAUGGGACUCAUUCGAUCAGCCAUCUUCUGCCGCAUUCUCUCCUCCACCACUGCAAAAAUCAAUCGCAUCGCCUGUUUCCUCAUUUGGCUCAUAUCCUUCUUCAUUUGGUGGAAACACACAAAAACCCAAAGCACAAGGCUCCAUGAAAUUGGGACACAAAAGCAAGACACUCGAUCUUGAUUUAGAUGAUAACAUGAGCAGUGUGGAUUCAUUUGUUACACAGAUUGCGUCCGAAACCAAACAUACAACAUCCUCCUCGAUACCAUCAUCUCAUGGUGUAAAUAAAGAUGAACGCAAAGCUGAACUUGAACGCAGGAGAGAAGAAAGAAGACAGCGUAUGGCUGAGUUGCGCGAAAAGAAGAAGGGAGGUGGCCUUGGUGCCAAAAAGGUCGAAAACAUCGGCCUAUAA